AGUUACGAUAAUCGCGUACGCGCUCCAUAUGUAUAGGCCCUGAUAUAAAGUCAGAAAGGAAACGAGAUAAGGAUACGGAUAGAGGGAAGCGCGUGUGUUGGGGCAGAAAAGAGACUGGGGCGUAAGUCGCCAGUGGCCUCCAUCUCCCCUUACACACGCGCCUCCGUCGUCAAGGACGAGGGAGGAGGAGGUCGUCAUCAGCAGCAUCCGGGACGACGCUCGAGGGGUUGUGGGAGGUUGGGGCUGAGCUUAUCGAGGGCCUGCGCCAACGAAUCGCCGCGAGGAUGCCGCUUUUCGGAAGACGCAACGCAACUAAGAAGCCUAAGAAGGACGCCAGGGAUGAGCGUACGUCUACCAUCGAGGACAAGUAUAUCUUCAAGGAGCAGCUCGGCACGGGCGCUUUCUCGGAAGUCCGCCUAGCCGAGAGCAGAACUCAGCCGGGCAUGAUGUACGCAGUGAAGAUCAUCGACAAGAAGGCGAUCAAGGACAAAGAGGAUUCGUUGGAGAAUGAGAUCAAAGUACUGAGACGGUUCAGUCGAUGCGUGACGUCGUACAGUGGUGAUGGCUCACUCAAGUCGGAUGAUAAUAAUGAAGAAAAGGAAUGGUUAACGCAUCCAAAUAUUGUGCAGCUAUUGGAAACUUUUGAGGAUAAGCAUAAGGUGUAUCUGGUUAUGGAAUUAGUUACUGGUGGCGAGCUCUUCGAUCGCAUCGUGGAGAAGGGCUCGUACACUGAGAAGGACGCUGCCGACCUAAUUCGACAGGUGCUCGAUGCAGUAGACUACAUGCACGAGCAGGGCGUCGUCCACAGGGAUCUAAAGCCGGAGAAUUUACUCUAUUACAGCCCGGACGAAGAUAGUAAAAUCAUGAUUAGCGACUUCGGUCUGUCAAAGAUGGAGGAUUCCGGUAUCAUGGCCACAGCUUGUGGUACUCCCGGAUAUGUUGCUCCCGAAGUAUUGGCUCAGAAACCUUAUGGCAAGGCGGUCGAUGUCUGGAGCAUAGGAGUAAUAUCCUACAUUUUGUUAUGCGGCUACCCGCCAUUCUAUGACGAGAAUGACGCCAACCUCUUCGCCCAGAUACUCAAAGGUGAAUUCGAGUUCGAUUCACCUUACUGGGACGACAUCAGUGACUCGGCCAAGGACUUUAUCAGCAAACUCAUGUGCUUCGAUGUUGAGAAGCGCUACACUUGCAAGCAGGCGCUUGCACACCCCUGGAUUUCCGGCAACGCGGCGAGCAACAAGAAUAUCCAUGCCCAAGGAAUGUCUCCCUGUUGUCUCAUGGUUGCAGCAAGCUUACCACGCGACGAGCGUCAUACGCCAGAUGCAGAAACUGGCCUUGAACAGCAGCAGUGCCAGCAACCUCCAAUCUCAACCGCCGCCGCAGCAGCAGCAACAACAACAACAUCUGGACUCAGAUGCGAUCGGCCCCUCAGGCGGAGUGAACCCGAAUCACCAAAGAUUCUAAAACUAUUUUGCAAGACGAGUAAUCGGAGAACCGAGUUCAUUCGGAUCUGGAGCAGUCGCCGCCAAUACCAUGCCCCGCUCACUCCAGGUGUCUCUUCGUCUAUUCAACAGCAGGAACAACACCGGCAGCAACGGUCCAGGGUAUCGUCGCCGCCCGAGGCUGGAGCAAGUCUAAACAAGACGGAGAUUUAG